AGUGAAUAAAACCCUAUUGUUUUGGUCCGAGCGACGAUGCGCCGCCAUAGUUCUAGAGACUUCGACGCCGAGAACCUUCCGGAAUCCACAGUUUCUUUUUCCCUUUCCCUUUUAUUCCUUCCUCUUUCAUUUCCUCAUUUCCCAAUCUCCUGGAUCUCUCCCAUUUUUCCCACCUAAUUUUCCCUCUCUCAAGCUCCGGUGAUGGCCAAGUUCGGCGAGGGCGACAAGCGGUGGAUCGUCGAGGAACGUCCCGACGGCACCAAUGUCCACAACUGGCACUGGGCUGAGACCGAUUGCCUCGAAUGGUCCCGUAAUUUCCUCUCUAAGCAUCUCUCUAGUCUCCCUCUUCUUGACGGCGAGGGCGGCCUGUUCAUCAAGACCAAGAAGGUCGACAAGGUUGAUGGUGAGGCCUACGUCAAUAUUCGGAAGGGGAAGAUAAUUCCUGGUUAUGAACUUAGUGUUACUCUCUCUUGGGAAGGCGAGGCCAAGGAUUCCGCCGGCGAAUCUCUGCAGAAGGUUGAUGGGCUUGUUGAGAUUCCGUAUAUUUCUGAUGAGAAUGCCGAUGAGGAUCCUGAAGUUAGGGUUUCUGUUAAGGAUGAAGGGCCGUUUGGGAAGAGAAUGAAGGAUGCUAUGUUGGCUAAAGGGAAGCCGAUUGUGUUGGAGAAGGUGAGGUUGUAUGUGCAGAGUAUGGCGAGGGGUGGGCCUGCUAAAGAUGAUUUGGAGGCUAAAAAGGUGGAGCCGAAGAGUAAUCAAUCGACUCCUGCUGCGGCGGCGGCCGCAGCAACUGCUCCUGCUGCAUCAAAGCCAGCAGUGGCGGCAGAGAAGAAGAAAGUUAAGAAAGGGUUCAAGACAAUAACUCUGACUGAGAAGUUCAGUUGUAGGGCUAACAUCCUGUUUGAAAUUCUCAUGGAUGACAAUAGAUGGAAAGGAUUCACUCAGAGCAAUGCUAAAAUAAGCAAGGAAGUAGGUGGAGAGAUCAGUAUAUUUGAUGGGUCUGUCACCGGGAAGAACUUGGAGUUGGAAGAGGGGAAGUUGAUUGUGCAACAAUGGAGAUUUGGAAGCUGGCCUGAUGGCAUUCAUUCCACGGUGAAAUUGACAUUCGAUGAGCCUGAGCCUGGUGUUACCAUUGUGAAGUUGGUACACUCCGACGUGCCUGAGGAGGACAGAUAUGGGAACGCAACUGUGGUGGAGAACACGGAAAGAGGCUGGCGGGAUCUUAUAUUCCACAAGAUCAGAGCAGUUUUUGGCUUUGGAAUAUGAUUGGGUACUUCUCCCUUACAACAGAGUCCAGUCCUUUGGUUUCUUAAGAAGCUUCUCAUUUGCAUAUCAUCUUCAUGAAUGAUAAUGAUUUGAAAUGCUUAAAUUUAUAUUGUCAGAUGAUGUAGCGUUCUCAUAGUCUGUAUUGUCUUCCAUCCAUAUUUGAGAAUCAAAAUUCAUUGUUGGAUUCUGAGCUUUUGACAUACAAUGAGAUACGAUUGUCACCUCUUCUAUCA